AUGCAGAACGAAGGUUGUACAAGCUGCGGGGACAACAGGCACACGUCAGGUUCGGUCCAGGUUCAGCCAAUUCGUGAGGUACCGUAUCAGGCAGUCCCGGAAGAGCAGGAGGAGCAGGCCGGCGGGGAACAGGAGGAGGUGGUCGCACAGGGACAGGACCUUCAGGCGGAAAUCGAGCCGCAGGUAAAUGAGAUCGGCGGAGAGGAACCAGUCAGGGCACAGCCGGAGUCCACGAGGUGGCGAUGCACAGUAUGCAUGGACGAGGCCCGAAACGCCGUCGUGACCACGUGUGGUCACUUAUCGUGUUGGACGUGCCUGUGUCGAUGGGUCGCCGAGGGAACGGCGGGGGAAUGCUGCCCUGUUUGCCGGUCGGAGAUCCGACUCGAGAGAUCGAUACCGAUCUUCGGAACCGAGACCGACGAGGACGUCGAGGGCGAGGACAUGCCGCCGAGACCUAGAGCCCUCUACGUGCCCAGAGACGAGAGGAGACGAUUGUACUAA